UGAGGCGCAAAAGGCUAUUGUUGAACUAGGACCAAGCGUUGGCAACUUUCAAAAGGCGCAUGUGGCCAUCUGUGAACUGCGAUUCAAGCAGUUGCACACUGGUAUAUAACGCAGCACGGUAUUCGGGCGAGAACAGGUCCUUUGCCGUAUGUCCUUUGGAACCCCAGCCACUGCACAUAUAAUGAGCGCAUCACGUCAGCCUCGCUUUCGGAUAGAAAUCAUCAACGUUUCUGACAUGGACAGCCCGAGCCCCGAUGAAAGCCGUUCCAAUUCGCCUUUGCCGACCACCGCAAAUCAAGGAGAUUUUAGGAGUCUGAGCACACUUGUAGAAACACUCGACUCCUUGAUUCAUACCGCGAACACGAAAGCCAUGGAGAUCCGCCGACGUACGUCCAUCUUGGUUCAAGAACUACCAAACAUUCCUACUGAUGCUGACUUGGACUCGGCGGAGCUGGAAAAUGAAGUCGAAGCAUUUUUGACGCUGCGUCAGCAAAUUAAGCAAAAAAUGGAAACCCUCAAUAACGCAAUGGACAGUUGUGUUGCUGGGGCUAUGGAUGAGUAUAGGCUUGAGAGACGGCGCAUACUGGAGGUGCAGGAAAGACUAAAGAGGGCUCAGGAGAUGGAUCGACAGAGGCGGGGAGGGAGGCGUACGGUUAUUGUUGGCGAGCAGAGGCAAAGAAAUCUAAGGAUGCUCUGCGACUACAUCGCAAGUCUCGCGCUGUCAGACGGUAACAAUACGGAAUCGCCGAGCUGA